AUAUGACUCAGGUGUGCUUCUGUCAGACAUCUACUUUUUGUUGUUGAUUUGAGUAUAUAAAGCAAGUCAGCAGCACGUACUGAUUAACUGGACAUAGCGGUUACUUGUUGCUAUUUCUCGUGCUCCCAAAAUGGCUGCGCCUUCGGAGAUACCAACACAGAGGCGCGAGAAGCCCUCGCAGUCUAUCGAGGCUUUGCAGAGCUCUUUUCUCGCUCAAUUCCAGGCCAUGAAAGAAGCUCUUGACGAGAUCAAGAGUGUGAAGAGUGAUGGAAGCAUUGAUGCGGCUGCUAGUGCGGUGGAAAUUGAGGACGAUAAUGCUACGGUCGACGACACGAAACUAGCUGAUCUCGAAGGCUUUCUUUCAGAGUCGGAUUAUGAAACAGACUUUGUCGAUGUCGACGACUUUGAUGAAGGAAAUUUCUCAUCGGCGACCUCAGCUGACGAUGCCGACUCUGACGGAGCGAGCGGCUCGCAUGGACGAGAAUGGCUCAUGAAUCGAUGCCUCGAUUAUCUUACCAGCAAGAACAAUACGAUGGAUAUUGAAGAGCUCAUGGGAAGUCUGGAGUCGAUUCUGACAUCGAAAAGCUCAGAUUUAGAUUUGCAGUCUAGAUUGAUUGAUAUACUGGGAUACGACGAUUUGGACUUUGUGACUGAAUUGAUCUCGAAUCGAUCGAAAAUUGUGGACGGGCUGGCAUCACCCGCUAGUACUCAACACAACUACUCACAAGUUCGUGUGGUAGACAAAUCCCUGAAGAAGAUCAAACGAAAAGGUGGUGACAACUCUUCCGAUGACCAGGACCUCAGCUACGAAGAAAGACUGAAAGCGAAACUUUUAACCAAAGAAGAACGCCAAAAGAGACUCGAUGCCGCGCUCAAAGCUCGCAAGGCUGCUCCGACAGGACCGAUUUUGGACUCUAAGGCUGAGCAGUACCCUCACAUCUAUCGUUCUCAUGACGCUGGAAAUACUUUAUCGGCGUUCGGAAAUAAGUAUAGCUUACCAGCUGGAACGACACGGACAACUGAAGACCUGUAUGAUGAGAUCACAGUUCCUUAUCCCAAGCAUCGCCCCGUGAAGUUUGGGGAGAAGCUAGUCGAUAUUGAAGAUCUAGAUGUCAUUUGCCGAGAGACUUUCAAGGGUUACAAAUCGCUCAAUCGGGUGCAAUCAUUGGUAUAUCCAGUUGCGUAUGGCUCCAAUAGCAAUAUGCUGAUCUGUGCACCUACUGGUGCUGGUAAAACUGAUGUCGCCAUGCUAACAAUUCUGCACGCGAUAUCGAUGCACUGCACCCCUUCGCCCUUCGCAGAACCCAAUGCAGAUGCUUACAAGAUUGAAAAGAACGAUUUCAAGGUUGUAUAUGUAGCUCCACUCAAAGCUCUUGCAGCCGAGAUUGUUGAAAAGCUGGGAAAGCGCUUGAAGUGGUUGGGCAUUUCGGUGAAGGAACUCACUGGCGAUAUGCAGCUGACGCGAGCAGAGAUUACUAAGACUCAAAUCAUUGUCACCACUCCCGAGAAAUGGGACGUUGUUACUCGAAAGAGUAACGGCGACACUGACUUGGUAGAUAAGGUUAAACUACUGAUCAUUGACGAAGUCCAUAUGCUGCAUGAUGAUCGUGGUGCCGUUAUCGAGAGUUUGGUCGCCAGAACUUUGCGUCAAGUUGAGAGCACGCAGAGCAUGAUUCGAAUUGUUGGUUUGUCGGCGACUUUACCGAAUUUCGUGGACGUUGCCGACUUUUUGAAGGUCGAUCGUCGUGAGGGCCUUUUCUACUUUGAUGCAUCGUUUAGACCGGUACCGCUCCAGCAGCAUUUCCUGGGAGUGAAGGGCAAAGCAGGAAGCAGGCAAUCCCAAGAAAACCUCGAUAAGGUUGCGUACAGGAAGGUAGUCGAGAUGCUACAAGAAGGACAUCAAAUUAUGGUUUUUGUUCACUCGCGAAAGGAUACUAUGAAGACUGUGAAGAUGCUCAAAGAGAUGGCUAUGUCUGAAGGAGACAUGGACCUGUUUGAUGCGACUAUGCAUCCAAAGUACCGCAGUGCGAGUGCCGACAUGAUGCGCUCGAAAAACAAAGAUAUUCGAGAAAUCUUCAAGGAUGGAUUGGGUGUGCAUCAUGCCGGAAUGCUGCGCACUGACAGAAACUUGACCGAACGACUAUUUUCCGACGGACUGAUCAAAGUGCUCUGCUGUACUGCCACUCUCGCGUGGGGUGUCAACUUGCCAGCAGCAGCAGUCAUUAUCAAAGGCACCCAGGUCUACGACGCAAAGAAGGGAGGAUUCACCGAUUUGGGAAUCACCGAUGUGAUCCAGAUCUUUGGUCGUGCAGGUCGUCCUCAGUUUGAAAAGUUUGGUAUUGCGUUUCUGUGCACGACUGGGGACAAACUCGCGCACUACAUUGCAACCGUCACGCAACAGCAGCCGAUUGAAUCUCGAUUUGAGGAGAGAUUAGUUGAUAACUUGAAUGCCGAGAUUGCUCUGGGAACGGUUACUACUGUUGAUGAGGGUGUCCAAUGGCUCGGUUACACAUAUCUCUAUGUCCGUAUGCGGAAGAAUCCGAUGACGUAUGGAAUUGAUUGGAACCAGAUCGAGGAGGACCCGAACCUAGGACGUCGCCGAAGAGAGCUGGUUGUGAAAGCUGCCCGAGAACUGCACAGGGUGCAGAUGAUUAUAUUUGACGAGCGAACGGGUGCUUUAACGCCCAAAGAUGUGGGCCGCAUUGCUUCUGAUUUCUACCUCCUGCACAACAGUAUCGAGAUCUUCAAUAAUAUGAUGCGUCCUGCCGCGUCCGAGGCUGAUGUUUUGGCAAUGCUCAGUUACAGUGGAGAGUUUGACGGGCUCAAGUCUCGCGACGAAGAGGCUGAUGAACUUACAAAGCUGAAGAAUAACUACGCGCCAUGCCAGGUGGCUGGUACUAUUGAUACCUCGCAUGGGAAGAUCAAUAUCUUGCUGCAGUCGUAUGUGUCGCGCGCCAAUGUUGAUGCGUUCUCACUGGUUUCUGAUAUGGCGUAUGUUGCGCAAAACUCUGCUAGAAUCAGCCGUGCCCUGUUUCUGAUUGCGCUUAAUCGCCGGUGGGGAAGGUUGGCGCUUGUCGUGCUUUCGAUAUGUAAGGCUAUUGAUAAGAGGUUAUGGCCGUUUGAGUCUGAGCUUGCACAGUUCAAUCUUCCGCGGAACAUUCUUGAUAUCUUGGAGCACAAGGGAUUGCCGAUCGAAGAGCUUCGAGAGAUGGAGGCUGCGGAGCUUGGAGAGCUGGUGCAUAAUCGGGGUUUGGGAGGCACGUUAGCUCGACAUGUGCGGAACUAUCCGUUCCUGACGAUUGAGUGCGAGGUUUCCCCGAUUUUGCGAAAUAUUCUGAGAGUGCAUUUGAGCAUUAUCCCGAGUUUUACCUGGAACGAUCAACUCCAUGGAGCGGCCGAGACGUUUUGGGUCUGGGUGGAGGACUCUGAAGAAGCGACGAUUCUUCAUACCUCCAAGUUCAUUCUCUCAAAGAGACAGCGCAACGAGGUACAUGAAAUGGACUUCUUUAUUCCGCUCGAGGAUCCUCUGCCAUCGCAGAUUUAUGUCCGGUCAAUCUCGAAUACUUGGGCUGGUCCGGGAACUGUCUCGGCGGUUUCGUUUCAGCAUCUGAUUCGGCCCGAGAACGAAAACAUCCAGACCAAGCUUCUUAAUCUACGUCCGCUACCUGUGACUGCUCUGCACGAUCCGGUGUUGGAAGCGAUUUAUCAGCAGAAGUUUAACUAUUUCAAUCCGAUGCAGACGACUAUUUUCCAUUGCUUGUAUAAUACUCCAUCGAACGUCUUGCUCGGUUCUCCUACCGGAUCUGGAAAGACUGUCGCAGCUGAACUGGCUAUGUGGUGGGCAUUCAAGACGUACCCUAAAUCGAAGGUCGUUUACAUCGCUCCGAUGAAGGCGUUGGUUCGGGAGCGUGUGGAUGACUGGUCAAGGAGACUCGAAGUCUCUGGGCGCAAAGUUGUGGAGCUCACCGGAGACACGGCGCCGGAUGCCCGUGUGAUCAGACAGUCUGACAUCAUCAUCACGACUCCCGAGAAAUUCGACGGCAUCAGUCGAAACUGGAAGACCAGGAAGUUUGUGCAGGAGGUGGCGCUCGUGAUUAUGGACGAGAUCCAUUUGCUGGCGAGUGAGCGGGGUCCUAUUCUGGAGAUGAUUGUCAGUCGGAUGAACUACAUGUCUGCGCAGACCGAGCGGCCGGUUAGGUUGCUUGGAAUGUCGACCGCUGUAGCGAAUGCUGGUGAUAUGGCUGGGUGGUUGGGUGUCAAGGAGGGACUGUUUAACUUUCCGCAGUCGAUCAGACCUGUACCGUUGGAGAUGUAUAUUGAUGGAUUCCAGGAUAACACCGGCUUCUGCCCACUCAUGAAGAGUAUGAACAAGCCAGCAUUUAUGGCUAUAAAGAGCCACUCACCGACCAAGCCAGCGCUGAUUUUCGUAGCGUCAAGACGACAAACGCGCCUGACGGCCGGAGACUUGAUCAACUUUUGCGGAAUGGAAGAGAAUCCGAAGCGAUUCCUGCUGAUGGACGAGGAUGAGCUAGCGAUGGUGCUUUCGCGAAUCAAAGACGACUCUCUGAAACUGUCGCUGCAGUUUGGAAUCGGGCAGCAUCAUGCGGGUUUAGUUGAUGGCGACCGCAGACUUGUCCAGGAGUUGUUUGAGAAUAACAAAAUUCAAGUGCUGGUGGCUACGAGUACUUUGGCGUGGGGAGUGAACUUGCCCGCUCACCUCGUUAUCAUCAAGGGGACGCAGUUUUUCGACGGCAAGAUCGAGGCUUACAAGGACAUGGAUUUGACGGAUAUUCUGCAGAUGAUGGGCCGAGCCGGUCGUCCUGCGUUCGAUACGAGCGGUGUGGCGAUUGUGUUUACGCAAGAGUCCAAGAAGCCGUUUUACAAGCGAUUCUUGCACUCGGGUUUCCCGGUCGAGUCGUCGCUUCACAAGGAUCUUGAUAAUCAUCUUGGAGCUGAGAUUGCUAGCGGAGCGGUUCAGUCUAGACAGGACGCGCUUAACUUCCUGACGUGUACGUACUUGUUUCGACGGGUGCAUAAGAAUCCGUCGUACUAUGGUCUGCAGGGAGCCGAGGAAGAGGAUUUGAACGAGUACUUGAUCGGGCUUGUUGACAAGGCGAUCGCGGAGCUGGAGAAGUCUGGUUGCGUGAAGCUGGCGGCGGACGGGUCGGUUCUUGCUACGCCGUUCUUGCAGAUCGGAAGUAACUACUACAUCUCGCACAAGACGGUGCGGAACGUGCUCCAGAAGAUCAAGCGUAACCCGUCGUUCGAGGAGUGUCUGCAGAUCCUUUCCGAGGCGAGCGAGUACGACCUGCUGCCGGUGCGUCAUAAUGAGGAUCUGGUGAACAUCGAGCUGUCAAAGAAGCUGCGGUUCCCGGGCGAGAUGCUCGAGAAAGUGAUGUGGGAUCCGCACGUGAAGGCGUUUUUGCUUAUCCAGGCGCAUCUCAGUCGGGCCGAGCUGCCGAUUACGGAUUACAUGCAGGACAUGGUUUCGGUGCUGGACCAGAGCAUUCGAGUCUUGCAGGCCUGUGUCGAUAUCUCGUCCGAGCUGGGAUAUCUGUCGGCGUCGAUGAGGUUCGUCCAGGUCAUGCAGGCGAUCAAGCAGGCUGCUUGGCAUGACGAUAACCCACUGACUGCGCUUCCGGGCCUUGAGCCGACGCCGCUGUCGUCGUCUUACAAGAUCAACAGCUUUGACGCGGUGCGAAACAUGAGCCCGCAGGCUAUGAAUAAUCUUGCAAACGCGCUGAGCGUGCCGAAGAGCUCGCGAGCAGAAUUUCUCCGGGUUUUGAACUCGAUCCCGAUGCUGACGCUGCAAUUCUCGAGCUCAGUGCCAAAGCUGCUAGUCGUCGAGGUGUCGCGCAAACGGCAGCCUCUGAACUCAGAGUACAAAUGCUACACGCCUAAAUUCCCCAAGCCGCAGUUCGAAGGCUGGUUUUUGUUUCUGGUGAACGAGGCCCGCGACGAGAUCUUGGUGAUGAAGCGGUUGCGGCCAAAGCCGGGUGCGAAGUGGACGGUGCCGAUGACGGCUGAGGUGAGUAUCCCGCGGGAACUGAGGGGCCGGAGUGUGAGUAUUGUGUGUGUGAGCGAUACGUAUAUGACGCUUGAGACGAAGGUGGGGGAUGUGGCGCUGGCGGCGGAUGAGGAGGAUGAGUCUGUUGUGAAGAUUGCGAAGGAGGCUUUUUAGAUGUAGGGAACGUGUUUGCGGCUAUGAAUGACAAUGUUUAUGAGUAGUUUGGCGCGAGGUGUUUACGCGUAGUGGAUGCUGGCUGCAGCAGCUCAAGUAUGUGACUUGACAGGCAGUGGUAUCGUUGCUAGUGCUGGGGUGGUCCUACAACAGCAUGAAGGACAGUAUACUAUACAGCUAGUUGGACUGUUCAACAUCACGACUAGUCCUGACUACUAUAAACAGAGAACAAGACAAUACUGAAUAUCUAAAGCCACGGGGGAGGAGGGCAGUGACACGGCUAAAGAAGGGUCUGGUACUGUAAGCAGGCGGCAGCGGCGGGGC